ACAGAACGUACGCGUCACGCCUAUUUCACCGCAACACUCAAUUCUCAUAAAUUACAAGGACAUUAACCACAGGCCACAUUGCUUGUAGUGAGGAAACCAUGCCGUCAUCUACAUCAGUACCAGUAGAGCUACCCAAACCUCCGAAACUGGAUCUGGAUAAGUUCGUUGCGACCGCCCUGUCAGCUACGCCAGCGGAACUCCAUCCAUUUUUUGAAUCUUUCGGCAAACUCCACACGAGAAAACUAUGGCACCAACUGACGCUCAAGCUAUAUGAGUUUUUUGACCACCCGUUGUCACGACCCUUCCGUGUGAACGUGUUUGAGCAAUUCGUGCGCGACUUUGAGUCCAAACUGAACCAACUCAAACUCGUGGAGAUGGGAACUAAAGUAUCGAAGGAGAUCGACAACCCGCAAAGCCAGCUUCUGUUCCUCAACUCCUUACUUUCACGGAUUGAUGCCGAAACAUCACAGGAGGCAUACGUGCUGCUGCUUGCGAAUAUUGCAUAUGCAAAGCUGGUGUACGGUGAUUUAGAGGGUACCAAGACGGAUAUGGAUACUGCCUGGAAAACACUCGAUCGACUGGAAGGGGUCGACACUGCCGUCAAUGCUUCGUAUUACAAAGUUGCCGCUGACUAUUAUAAGGCCAAAGCAGAAUAUGCGCCGUAUUAUAAACAUUCGCUGCUGUAUCUGGCAUGUGUCGAUGUAGCAACAGAUCUUACUUCAGAAGAACGUUUGCUGCGCGCGCACGACCUUGGCAUUUCGGCAUUCCUCGGCGACACUAUCUAUAAUUUUGGGGAGCUGUUGAUGCACCCAAUACUCGACGCGCUGGACAACACGCAGUAUGAUUGGAUCAAGAAGCUGUUGUUCACAUUCAACGAAGGCAACAUUGGCAAAUUCGAAGCAUUGGCACCACUAUUCCCGCAGGAGCCGAUUCUGGAAGAGAACUACCCCUUCCUUCGACAGAAGAUAUGUUUGAUGGCGCUGAUCGAAUCAGUGUUCAAACGGAACGCGAAUGACCGAACGAUGUCUUUCCAGACUAUCGCCGAGGAGACGCGACUUCCAGUAGACGAAGUGGAACACCUCAUCAUGAAAGCACUGAGCCUCAAGUUGAUUCGAGGUUCCUUGGACCAGGUGGAUCAAAAAGCGCGUAUCACGUGGGUCCAGCCUCGUGUUCUGUCGCGCGCACAAAUAGGCGAGCUCACGACACGGCUUGGAGCGUGGAUAGAUAAGUUGGGGAGUGUGGAGCAGAGGAUGGCACCACAUGUGUCUGCGGCGGCAUGAGUAUAUUCACCAUGCCUGUAAGGUAGAAAUGAGUGCCAAGGAGAUUAUCCCGGAGCAAGAAUGAUCGAUGUGACAUGCUGCAUGCAUUCAUUCAUUGUAUGAAUUUUUAGAAGGAACACGUUUACGGUUCCGGAUCAGAUACGAAGGUUAUAACGGUGGUUUGCGAGCACGUUGAGGCACGAUGCAGAUUGUUCAUGACAUAGAGGGAACUGAUGAGUGGGAUAUGGAAUUGAUAUGAGUAUGUUUGAAC